AUGAGCGAUCGAAACGAACCACCCUCAGAAGAAGCAAAUGUAAACAAAGCAAAUUUUACGACUUGUGCCAAAUGUGGUCUACUAAUUGUUGGGCAAUUUGUGAGAGCAUUAGGUGGUACCUACCACCUGGAAUGCUUCAAAUGCCAGGACUGUGGAGCUAUUGUAGCUUCUAAAUUUUUUCCAAUAGAAGGUUCAGAUGGAAAGCAACAGCCCUUAUGUGAGCGUGACUACUUUCGACGCCUUAAUCUCAUCUGCGAAAAUUGCGGUGGUGCUCUUAGAGGAUCUUACAUUACAGCUCUUGAUAAAAAAUACCACAUUGAGCACUUCACCUGUUCUGCGUGUCCAACAGUAUUCGGACCUCAAGAUUCGUACUACGAACAUGAUAGCCAGUUCGUGGAGAUAAACCGAAAUAACGUCGACGAGCACUGGCACCCGGAAUGUUAUAUGAUACACAAAUUCUGGAAUGUGAGGCUCUCGACACGUACAGAUUAUGACCAAAAUGCUGAAGCUGAUGAUCCUUCAACGGAAGUUGAUACGAAAUUAACCCCAGAAGAACUCAAACAGCAGCAAAAAGAAAUGGAGGAGAAGGUUUAUAACAUAUGGACAGUGCUUUCGGCCUUCGAAGAGAUGUCAGCUGCCUGUAUCUCUGAUAUGCUGCUUCAUGUAUCUAAUGGAUCAUAUCCUGAAUGUGUGAAGAUGUCGGAAAGAUUUGUUAGCCACGUCGAAGUUUUAUUUUCCUCAAUUGACGAUCUAGAAAUUCAAUCAGUGCAAGCAAGCGGUCAAGGUCUUCAAUACCACAGAGAAGCCAAGAUGCUUUGCAAAAAGAUUCAAAAUUUCUUUUCCUUGCUGGGAGAUGCUCAUAAAAGCGGAAUAAAAAAAUUAGGAAUUUCACAAGAUCUUUUGGCGUUAGUGACGGGAUUGGCACAAUUUUUAAAAGUUUUGAUAAGAAUAGCGCUAACCGGUGCUUUAAAACUGGAGCGUGAUUUCAAUGGUGCAGUCGCAAUUGAAAACUUUUUAACCAAAUUAGGGGAAUUCACGAAAAAAAAUGGAAAGCAAAUUGAAGAAGAAAACAUCGAUAAUGAAAUUUCGUGUUCUGGAUGCUCGCGGGAAUUGCGUACCAUCUACCGUGAUGCCACCUUUAAUCAAAUAACGGAGAUGGCAUUUUGCCCAAAUGACACAAACGAACAAGCCGCUCCUGGAUUUCAACAUGUUACUCAGUUGGAACAAUACAUCUAUUUAUUACGGGUUGCUCUGUCGAACCUAAAUGGUCAGCUUAAACAAGACGAGGAUGGCAAUGGUUUGCCCAACCGUGAAGGUCGCCACGAAAAUAAAACUGGAAAAGAGAAAGAAGAGACUGCGCUUACUGCGGAUAUAAAACGCAUGAAGUCAGUUCACCUGGAUCGCAAGUUAACCAAUCCCUCGAACGCUUUACGAGCAAAAAUAAUAAAACAAGAGCAACUACCUAGCCUGCUCAAAAAUUCGGAUGAAUCGGCAUCUUCAAAGAAUAAAUCGGCAACGGACCUGUCUCAACGUCAUGUCAAAAUCGCCGAUGAUCAGUUGCUAGAAGUACCAGCUCAGGAUAUUCAUUUGAAAUUCGAUGAAGAGACAAUAGCACUGAGUGAUAUAUCGGCAAUUGCUGCUGCCGAGAUGGCAGCCUCUGAGGGCUCGACAGCCGAAAAAAAGAAUAAAGCGCGAAAAUCCUCACGUGCCAAGUUAUACUUAUCCGAGUUGUCGGCUCUGGAAUAUUUUAUUGUGAGGCAUGCGGCCGUCCUGUGUAUGGAGCAAUUACUUAAAGAUUAUUGCACACUGGAAGAACUUUUGGAGUUAAUCGGUUCCAAGAAAGCUACUUUGUGGAAUAAAUUUAUGACAUCGAUUAAAUCGACAGAUAAGAAACCUGUCAAGAAGAAAGGUACAUUUGGAAUACCCCUGGAAGUUCUUGUUGAAAAGUAUGGAGUCGAUUCGGUAUUAGGCGCAGAUACCGUGACCACUAAUCACAAUCCUAACUCGGAUGGCUUGUCAAUUAAAGAUAUGUCAGUCGAAGGAAUAUUUCGUAAGAACGGCAAUAUACGACGCUUGAAAGAUCUCAGCGAAGCAAUCGAUAAAAAUCCUUCAUCGGUGAACUUAUCCGAAGAUAAUCCGGUGCAGAGUAAUGAGACGUUAAUUCCUAAAUUGUAUUCCAAUUUCACAAGGUCACCAACUCAAGGAAUUAACCUGAAUCUUAAUCGCGAUACAAUGGAAGUAUUAUUUAUAUUUUUCAAGUGGGUCGCCUCUUUCUCCCAUGUGGACGAGGAGACGGGCAGCAAAAUGGACCUUCAUAACCUUGCCACCGUAAUUACUCCAAAUAUUUUAUAUUCCAAGUCGAAGGACCCGAUAAAAGAUGACUCCUUUCUUGCCAUCGAAGCUGUUCACGGUUUACUGAAAUAUCAAGAUGAAUUCUGGGAGGUUCCCGAAGAAAUUUCGAUGAUAUUACGUGAUCAAGAAUUGUUAAGCAACCCCGAAAACUUGACAACAAAAGACAUACUAAAACGAUGCGAGAAUUUAGUCAAACCAAGGAGAUUGGGAGGGGGUGAUAGCAAUGAUAGUAAUUCUAGUGGUGAAGAAAUCCCUUUCGGAAAGCGCGCCAAUGAAUAUCCUUAUAAAGGAAAUGAGGGUGAAAAUAAAAGCUCCUCAAAUCUACCUGUGGGUUCAACGUCUUUACCAACUGAGGCAUCUAUUACAAUUGAGCAACGUGCGGACGAUCCGGCGGCUAUCGCUGAACAAAAAAAGAAGAGAACCUUUAAAAAAUCUGACAUCUGA